CAAACGAACAGAACUUUGCUCGGUAUUAUCUAUGAGUGUGGCAGAGUAUAGCCGCUGGCGCGGUUUGUACUUUGCUGCGAAGUCACAGAUACAGUAUUUCGAUAGCCGAGACGCGUAUACCACCAAUGAAUCUCACGAUGACUAUUCAUUAGAAUCCAAACUCAAAUCUUCCAGCCGCAGCAUAUCGCAGGAUGGGACGGAUAUACCAAAAACUGAGAAUGCAGCUACUUUCACCCUGAUGACGGCCGUUGGCGAUCCAUCAGAGCCGGAUACCCCUCUGCGACUAUCCUCUAGCAUGCUUCUUUCUCUCAUAGAAUGUAAACUCGUUCACCCGGAUAUAGAAGCCGUUUAUCGCACAGUGCGGCCUCACUGCUCAUACUACGUAGAAUACGAUGAGGACCAGACUACACCCGAAUCCCUGUACAUCCUCGUCCGAGUUCUAACUCGCACUGAUUCGAUCCAUUGUUCUUUGAAGAUCACGCUCGAAACUCUGAGUACAACCUGUCUGCUCAGCUCCUCUACUAGUACCAUCACCGAUGCUUUGCGAGCCCAGUGUAUUCAGUCACUAGAUCUAAUCCAACAGUCGCCACUCCACCUUCUCCGCUUCAUCCUCGACCACGCGCGCGAUGACCUCGAAGCUUGGCUACUGCAUCAGUGGCAUCGCAUCGAGCUGCUGGAGGACUCUACGUGGAUGACGCCAGGUCAUCCAUUUCCCCGCAACGGCGAUCGACGACAACAAGUUGUCGAUUCUUUGGCUAGAGGACUGACGACACUUCUCAGAGAGCUCCAUGCGGUGAAUAGAGAAUCGAGGAUCGCCUUGACAGUUGUUUGGGCUGCCGUGGGAUUGUGUGAGGACCUGGGAAGAAUGGUAGAGGAGGUAGAAAGUUUAAGAAGUAGUGCUGGGCUGGAGGCUAUGAAGCCAGGACACAGGGCCUUUUUGGACGGUAGGGUCAAGUUUGUAGAUGCUGUUUUGAGGGGGAUGGCGGAGAAGAAUAGGCAGCUGCUUGAUCGGAUGGGCGCGCAGAUCAAUCUGGUCUACAGUUUCAUCGCGCAAAAGGGCAACGAGCAGAACUACCAAAUUGCUCGCCUUACCGCGAACGAUAGUCGGACUAUGAAGACUAUCACCGUCUUGACUUUAACAUUUCUCCCGGGAACAAUGCUUGCGUCACUAUGGGAUGCAGGCAUAUUCUCGAUGGAACAAGGCACCAGCUGGCGUGUUUACGUGGGCGCCACGAUGGCACUCACACUCAUAGUAUAUGCGAUCUGGGCUUUGUACGAGUGGGUGUCGAGGAAGAGGGAUGCGCGCCGGUUUUGA